UAGACAAAGCUAGCGGCGUUUUGGUGUUUUGGAAGAGAUUGAUUUGUGUUUUUAUUCAUAAAGAAAAGUAUAUUUUAAAUACCACCAUGAGCGGCGAGAAUCUGUGCGAUGAAUUUGAAAAAUGGAACCCUAUGGAGUCACAUUUUAAAAGUGUUGAGUUUAAUCAAUACAGUACAGGACCUGGUGCCAAUCUAGACUUGUCCUUGCAGUCUUGUCAGCAGGGUGCGAAUGGCAAUGGUGCAGCAAACAAGCCUAAUGUGCAGGUUCCAUAUUUGUUGUUUAAACAUAUGCCGCCUAAGAUGACCAAAUCAGCUUUAUACAAUAUUUGUCGGAUGCAUGGAAGAGUCAUCAAUGUUAGGGACAGUCAAAAAUGUGAUUACUUUUUUGCUGACUUUGCAACUGUGGCAGAUAUGGAAGCCACUUUCAGGGCGCUGGAAAAUAAUAACUAUGGCUUCCAGGUCCUUGUGGGUAGACAUAAUAAAAAACAGGCCACAAUUGAACUUGAUGUAAAAGAUAAUAAAAUAAUGACGGUACCUCCACGGACAAUUGGCAUUGAUUAUGAAAACCGCACAUAUAGGGUAUCUAGUAGACUGCAACCGAGACCUAAAGUUGCAGAAAAUCGCCUGGUUGAGAGGGAAAACAUUAAUGGCAUUCCUUCGGAUGCUAUCAACAAUGACGCCCAUCAGUUAGAACGUGCAGAUUGCUACCAACCUAUUAAGCACGACAAAUUCAAAUACCAUACAGGACGUUCAUAUCUUGAUAUGAACGAGCACACAAAAAAUUUCGUUGCGAAAAAGCACGGCGAAUCCACUGGUCAUUAUAAUGCCUCCAGCGCCAAAUAUGUCAACAAGUUGGGAGGCAUUGAAAAGCCGAAUAAGUUUGGGAUUUGUAUAAAAUGUGAAAGUGAAUGUGACAGCAUUUGCAGCCGUUGCUCGACCUACUAUUGCAGCGUUGAUUGUCAAAAGAGUGAUUGGCAGCAACAUCGUUAUAAAUGCGGCAAACCAGAACAUUUACAAAAAUCCCCACCAAAGGCAUUGCCAAAUUCCCCGCAAUCAAACAAAACUGAAACAAAAUCUUCGCACAAAACAUCACCAUCUCAACACGAUGAGCAGUAUCCCCCACAAAUUCCCAGAAGUGGUAACGUUGUUACAAUAACAGCAAUUAGCAAAACUAACAUUGUUUUCAUUCGUCCCAAAACGUAUGAAGACGAUAUGAGCUAUUUUAAAACAAUUGAUGGCAUACAAGCCUUGGGAAAUAGACUGAAUCGUCUCACGGCGAAACCAAAAUGUGGCAAUGUGGUCAUAGCCAAGUUCGGAGAGCAAUAUAACCGUGCUUUGGUACUCAAUGCGGACAGCGAAGAUAAAAUUUUUGUUAACUACAUGGAUUAUGGAAACUUAGUUAAUCUUAAAUUGGAAGACUUGUAUGAAAUUCCUGAAGAAUAUGCUCAAAAGCCAAGACACGCAAUGCCAGUCAUUCUUAAAGAUGUGCCUGACUGCUAUAUGACAGAUGAAAUACGAAAAUUCAUGUAUUCUUACCUAAAUGGCAUAAAUGUUUAUAUUAAAUAUAAACCGGAGGACUUCCUUAGCGACAAGCAAGUUUACCAAGUGGAGCUGCUUGAUGAGACUACACAACAAAAUUUAAACAAAAUGAUAAUUAAACUUUCUUACCCUACAGAGCCACGCAAUACAACGGAAAUAUGUUACAAAGAGUAUCUCGAACAGAAAUCUUUGCCCAGCGGCGAUAAUAUAGAAUUGAUUGUAAUGGACAACUCUCUAAUGAGCACUGGAUGCAUAUCUUGUACCACGAAACCAUUCGCUUUCGAAAUUCAAAAAUUCCAGAAAGAACUACAAAGAUACGCAGAAAGUUUGCCGAAUAAGGGAUAUGCGCCAAGAGUUGAUGAGCUUUGCAUUGCCAAGUACAAAGAAGAUGGGCUGUGGUAUCGAGGGCGUUGUUUGGAAAUUGUGGGAGAUGGUUAUCCAACUAUUCUGUUUAUAGAUUACGGCAAUAUUUCUAUUGUACACCUUGACGACAUAAGGCGUUAUCCUACGCAAUUUACCUUCCCAAUUUACACAGCUGAUUGCGAAAUUAAUGACUUGCCGGAAUCAUGUGGUGCAGAAAUCGUCUCAAAACUGGAAGAGUUGAUCCCAAACGGCAGUACUAUUAAAUGUGCGCACAUAAGAGAAUACAAAGAUGAUCAUUUCUAUUCAAUUUCUUUGCCCAAUAUUGUAAAAAAUCUUGCCGAUGCUGGUCUACUUUAGAGUUUUAAACUUUCAUAUUUUAUCAGUUACAAUGCAUGUUUUGAUGAUACAGGAUAAUGGGGAUUAAGAGAACAUUUUGUGCAGUUACACCUUGUUUUUUUUUUUGUUUAUCAUGACUGCCUAUCUCUCGGAUUGGCUACAUUCAAAUCCCCUAAAGGGUUCAUAAACAAAUUAUCCUUUCCAGCGCCAGUUAUCCCUUUAACAAAGCUUUUAUUAUCUAUAUUACAAUUUGAAUAGUUUUCGUUUUUGGUUUUUCAUUUUUUAUAUCUUUUUUAGCUUUUUCGAACAUUUUUUUGAGCACUUCGUAUAUAUUAUGAACAACAAUAUGUAUAAUAAAAAAAACCAUAACAUUGAAAAAACGGUAUAAAAUUGA